GAGCUUUCCCUGUGCCCGCGCCGCCUGUCGUAACACCACACUCAGCCUACGCUUCCGAGACGACCACUCCCAGUGCUGAGGCAAGCCAGCGCCACCUUUGAUGCCAGAGGCGACGCAGGGAACCAAUGGAGCCGCCAUGGAGGGUGUGACGAAGCCGGUACCCGCGGUGCAGCGCCAGACAGCCGAAAAAUCCAGCGCACCCAGGAGCAGCCCGCUGCAACAGACGGACAAAGUGCAAGCUGCUGCCGCACCCGGUUCCGAGGGUCCGACGAAAACUCCAAAAAAGCGUAGGAAGGUCAAUCAUGCGUGCAUCUACUGCAGACGUUCGCAUAUGACUUGCGACCUUGACCGGCCGUGUGCGCGCUGCAUCAAGCGGAAUAUCGGGCAUUUGUGUCAUGACGAGCCUCGAGAAAGCGUCAAGAGGUCGAAGAUGGAGCCGGAAGGCGGCGCCGGUGAGAAUGAUUCCAGCAAGCAGGAGAGCAUGACCUCCGACUCGGCUGUCACCUCCAUCAACCGGCGAACAAGUGCUCCAGAUGCAGGGCUUAACCUUGCGUCUCUUCCACUACCUCCUAAUAGGGGUGCCAGCGCAGCACCGAUCGCCGAGCCCACGCCCGUAUCUGCGCCACAAAUACCGUCCAUGGCCUCUCGCAACCAGCCCCUCUUGAACUACAAUGACUGGUCUUCGUCUUCACAUAAUUACUUCCAGGACAUGCACCACUUCCAUCCAUCUCACAUGUUCAACACAUCCGAAAUCAGUAACGAGUACAACUCUCUGAACGAUUUUCUCAGCAACACCAUGAUGGAUGAGCAUGCCUUCUAUGGAACUGGAGAUUUUCAGCAGUUUCUCGGUGACCCGUCCUUGACCCAACCCGUGGGCAAUAUUUCCGCCGAACCCAUAUUCCAUGCCCCAUCAUCAAAUACCGCAGCUCUUCUGCCGCCUCCCGCCCAAGUCUCUGCCGGUCAGUCGAUACAAAGACCUGCAAGUGGCCUGCCUAUCGACAAAGCGCGGGAGAGGUAUUACAUGACGGCGGCAGAUCCCGCAGGCACGGACAGCCCUGAGGAGCGUAUGAACAGGCUUCUCAAAGCCAAAAUGGAUGCGGGUUUACUGAGACCGUUCAACUACGUCAAAGGCUACGCCCGGCUUAAUCAGUACAUGGAACAGAAUCUGCAGCAGAUAUCCCGUGUACGGAUCUUGAGGCAGCUGGACAGGUUCCGGCCAAAAUUCCGAGAAAGGAUGCAGUCCCUGACGGAUAUGGAGCUGGUGCGCGUGGAGAUGUGGUUCGACAAAAGCCUGAUGGAGUAUGAUAGAGUCUUUGCAAGUAUGGCCAUGCCCGCUUGCUGUUGGCGGAGAACUGGGGAGAUAUAUCGUGGAAACAAAGAGAUGGCGGAGUUGAUACAUGUGCCAAUGUCAAGACUACGAGACGGAAACAUUGCGCUGCACGAGAUCAUAGCCGAGAGUUCGCUAGUAUCAUAUUGGGAGAAGUUUGGACAGAUCGCCUUCGACCCGACGCAGAAAGCCAUUCUGACAAGCUGCCUGCUCAAGAACCCAGACCCGAAUUCCCGAGAUCCGGAGAUAAGAUGCUGCUUCUCCUUCACUGUCAAGCGCGACAUGUACAACAUACCAGCUCUCAUUGUGGGUAACUUCCUGCCCAUCAUAGAAACUGCUUCCAGCUCAUAAAUGCUGUGUUAUCUUGCGUCGGCGCUCCAUCGGCUGCAUGUACGUAUUUGUAGACCGUGGACUCUGCCUGGACGACAUGAUACCGACUCCGUGCUCUGUCGAGCGUCACCUCUUCCUAUAUAAUCACUUCAUGAGUAGAUGCUUGGUAUGCAUACGGUAUUGGGUGUUGGGCGCGAGGGACGCGACCACGCGUUUGGGCAAAAGCGAU